GGCUCCAGCAGCGCCCGGUCUGCCAGGCCGCUCCGCUUGCUGCCCAGCCCGCCUGGCCUUUGACUUCCCGCGGCGGGGUCGGCAAACCGCGGGUAGUCUGGGGAUGCUUUGCGGUCGUCUGUCCAGCAGAGGAUUUGUUGUUUUCUUGCAGGUUGUCCAAACAUCAGGAUCUCUUUAGAUACAGCUCGGUUGGCCGGCACUGCUCUUGGCUGAAAACUAUGAAAAAACAUUUUGCAUAAAACUUAUGCGUGACUGACACCAUGGCAUCAUCUAUAAACUUAGACUCUGGAACCCAGUUAAUUGUAGAAGAGUGUCCCACCAGCUACAGCCUUCCGCCCAUGCCAGACAUCAAAGUGGAGCAUCAGCUUGACUCUAGCACAGAGGAGGGCCCAGCUCAAAGUGUCACCAUGGGGAUGAAGUUAAUUUUUCCCAACAGAUUUGAUAUGAAUGACUGCUCACGGUUUGUGAAGUCUUUGAAUGAGGAGGACAGUAAAAAUAUCCAAGACCAAGUUAACUCUGACCUUGAAGUGGCCUCCGUCUUAUUCAAAGCUGAAUGCAACAUCCACACUUCUCCUUCCCCGGGCAUCCAAGUAAGACAUGUUUAUACUCCAUCAACUACUAAGCAUUUCUCACCAAUAAAACAAUCAACUACCCUGACUAAUAAGCACAGAGGAAAUGAAGUGUCUACAACACCUCUGCUUGUAAACUCAUUAUCAGUCCAUCAGCUGGCAGCUCAGGGAGAAAUGUUGUACCUGGCCACACGUAUUGAACAAGAAAAUGUAAUCAAUCACAAGGAUGAAGAAGGAUUUACCCCUCUGAUGUGGGCUGCAGCUCAUGGGCAGAUAGCAGUAGUGGAAUUUCUCCUCCAGAAUGGUGCAGAUCCUCAGAUUUUGGGGAAAGGGCGAGAAAGUGCCCUCUCACUGGCUUCCAGUAAAGGAUACACAGAUAUUGUCAAAAUGCUGCUUGACUGUGGAGUUGAUGUCAAUGAGUAUGACUGGAAUGGAGGCACACCCCUACUAUAUGCAGUACAUGGAAACCAUGUGAAAUGUGUAAAAAUUCUCCUUGAAAAUGGUGCUGAUCCAACUAUUGAAACAGAUGCUGGCUAUAAUUCCAUGGAUUUGGCUGUAGCCUUGGGCUAUCGGAGUGUUCAACAGGUUAUUGAGUCACAUUUAUUACGGCUACUUCAAAAUAUCAAGGAAUAAUGGUUGGCUUUUCUGUGGGUGUCAGUUCUUCACUUGGGAGAUUUAGCCUUGUCAUCAGUGACAAGGAUUGCCUGUUUUGUAACUUUACCUCCUUUGGAGCAUUUGCUGGUUUUAGCUAAGUUUUUUAAUAUGCUUUCUCUUCUUUGUUGUUCAUAGAAAUGUGAUGUCAUCCCUUUCUUAAGUGUAUUUUAUAUAAUUUUAGAAGUCAGUUGCCAUAUGUGAAAAACUUUGUAAAUAAAACCAGUUUUGAUCAUGUAA